AUGAGAGAAAAAUUAAAUCUUUUAGCAAAAUUAAAGAGUGUUGUAUAUAAAUUUGAUCCAUUGAAUCCAAAUACUAGAUCAAUAAGAUCUUUUAUUCCAUUAACAACAUGUAAAAGAUCUAGACAAUUAGCACCAGAGUGUAGUAUUAGUUUUGACCUUGGUCCACAAAACACAUCACCAGUAAUUGAUAUUAAAUUUGUUAAUGGAACAGAAAAGAGUAUUAAAACAGAUACUUUAGAAUUAAUGUCAAUUGUUGAAUCAAUUGAACUUUUAAAGAAAAGUAUAAGAAUAGAAGAAAUUGAAAAGAUGAAAACUACUGAAACAACUCUUCAAGAUAUUUUACAACCAGUCAACAAAAAGAAAGAUACUGGUGCUAAAGCAAACAGAUAG